UCCCAUCUGUCUGUAGGACCGAUAGGGUCAUCUGCUCUGCUCUCCACUCUCUCUUCCCUCAUUACAGAGUUUUGGUUUGCAGUGUCAUGAAGAGUCAAAGAAGCAGCUUGCAAAGAGAUGGAGAUUCUCCAUUUUAAGGUCAUUGCCAUUUACUACUAGAGAUCCUUCGUCUAUAUAGUAUACUUUCCGUUUCUCAGCAGAGAGGCUUCUCUUACUGUCGAGGAGUGAAAAGGAGGCACUCGUUUUAUGAGUUAUCCCUAGUGCUUCGAUUCAAUCUGCUGAGUUGAGUGGCAUUGAAAAAGACUGGUUCUCGAUGCAAGCAGCACAACGUCUCAGGAGAACGGGCAUGUCUAACGUGUUAUGCUAUCCACCUGUGCAAAAGGCUGACCCUUAUUGUCUGCCUCAGUUUCAAAUUUUAGACCACGAGCUGAGCUACAACAACACGAAUGUGGCUAACCCCGUUCAUGCUUCUCGUAACCUUUAUUGCACUCUGGAAUCAUCCUCGGUGAGCGAGAGCCGUGCUCUAUAUGGAAGCCCCAUGUCCCAGCAGGGUUCUCGUUCAUACCCAUCAGACAACAACUAUGGUUCCCCUAUUAGCGGGUCUUGCAUUACAGAUGAUAUGAGUAGUUUCAUCCACAAACUAAAGGAAUUAGAAACUGCAAUGCUUGGACCCGAUUCAGAUGUUCUGGAGAGUCACGAUAACACAUUCCCGAGCAGUAUUGCGUCCCCGGAAAUAGACAGCUGGAGACAAAUGAUGGAGGCGAUACCCCGAGGGGAUUUGAAACAGGUGCUUAUUGCUUGUGCAAAGGCGGUAUCAGAUAAUGACCUACUGACAGCACAGUGGUUGAUGUCUGAGCUCCGGGAAAUGGUAUCUGUAUCGGGCGAACCAAUCCAACGCCUGGGAGCAUACAUGUUGGAAGGGCUCGUUGCUCGAUUGGCUGCCUCGGGGAGUUCCAUCUACAAAUCCUUGCGGUGCAAGGAGCCCACGAGUUUCGAGCUGCUUUCUUAUAUGCAUAUCCUCUACGAGGUUUGCCCUUACUUCAAAUUCGGUUACAUGUCAGCUAACGGUGCCAUUGCUGAAGCAAUGAAAGAUGAAAAUCGAGUUCAUAUCAUAGACUUCCAAAUCGCUCAAGGCAGCCAGUGGAUUACUCUAAUCCAAGCUUUUGCUGCUCGGCCUGGCGGUCCACCCCACAUUCGAAUUACGGGUAUAGAUGACUCGAGUUUAUCUCAUGCACACGGUGGAGGAUUGAGUCUUGUAGGCAAAAGGCUAUCUAAACUCGCGGAGUCCUUCAAGGUGCCCUUCGAAUUCCAUGCUGCAGCCAUACCCGGGAAUGAUGUUCAGCUCGAGAACCCGGGGAUUCAAAUUCAACCCGGGGAAGCACUGGCUGUGAACUUUGCGUAUAUGCUGCACCACAUACCCGACGAGAGCGUGAGCACCCAAAACCAUCGGGACGAGCUAUUGAGGCUGGUGAAAAGCCUGAAUCCCAAGGUGGUUACUCUCGUAGAGCAAGAGUCUAAUACCAACACCUCUGCAUUCUUCCCGCGAUUCCUCGAGACCUUGGACUACUACACUGCAAUGUUCGAAUCGAUUGACGUCACUCUCCCUCGGGACCACAAGGAGCGGAUCAACGUGGAGCAGCACUGUCUGGCUAGAGACGUGGUGAACAUUGUGGCGUGCGAGGGGAUUGAAAGGGUGGAGCGACACGAGCUUCUUGGGAAGUGGAUGUCUCGGUUCAGAAUGGCCGGUUUUAGCCCGUACCCCUUGAGUUCAGUGGUGAAUGCCACAAUCAAGAAACUGUUGGAAAGCUAUUCUGAGAAAUACAGGCUUGAAGAGAGAAAUGGAGCCCUUUAUCUUGGUUGGAUGAACAGAGAUUUGGUUGCUUCCUGUGCCUGGAAGUGAAAACUGAAAACCAUCAACCCUGUUUUCUGUGUCUCUUUUUCUGCCCUCUGUAAUGGCUAAUGUUCAUAAUCAUUAAAACCAUGGGUUUCUUGGCACUGUAUUCUGCUUCAAUUCAUCUUAAUCAAGUUAAAAUUUCUUUCUCCGGUAUCAA